GUGUGUGUGCGCCGGGCGGGCGACCCCGCCGCGGGCCGGAGGCCGAGCCAGCGAGCGGCCUGCCCCGCUGCCGGGAGCCCGACUCUCCGGGCCUCCCUCCUGCCCCGUCCCGGUCCCCCUCCUCGGGGCCUUCUAUAUGGGCCACCUUCUUUCGAAGGAGCCGCGUAACCGCCCGAGCCAGAAGAGGCCUCGCUGUUGCAGCUGGUGCCGCCGCCGCCGCCCUCUCCUCAGGCUGCCCCGCCGGACCCCGGCCAAGGCGCCCCCCCAGCCGGCGGCGCCCCGGAGCCGGGACUGCUUCUUCCGCGGGCCCUGCAUGCUCUGCUUCAUCGUGCACAGCCCCGGCGCGCCCGCCCCCGCCGGCCCAGAGGAGGAGCCGCCGCUCUCGCCGCCGCCGCCGCCGCCGCCGCGGGACGGGGCCUACGCCGCGGCCGCCUCCUCUCAGCACCUGGCACGGCGCUACGCGGCCCUGGCUGCUGAAGACUGCGCCGCCGUCGCCCGCCGCUUCCUGCUAUCCUCCGCUGCCGCCGCCGCCGCCGCCGCCGCCGCCUCGGCCUCAUCGCCCGCCUCCUGCUGCAAAGAGCUGGGGCUGGCUGCGGCCGCCGCCUGGGAGCAGCAGGGCCGGAGCCUGUUCUUGGCCAGCUUGGGGCCCGUGCGCUUCCUGGGGCCGCCUGUCGCCGUGCAACUCUUCCGGGGGUCCACGCCGCCUCCAUCCGAGCCCCCCACGUCCCCGGAGAUGGUGUGCAAGCGGAAGGGGGCCGGAGUCCCCGCCUGCACCCCCUGUAAGCAGCCCCGCUGCGGCGGCGGGGGCUGCGGUGGCGGCGGGCCUGCGGGAGGAGGCGCCUCACCUCCGCGGCCCCCCGAUGCCGGUUGCUGCCAAGGCUCCGAGCAGCCACCGCAGCCUCUCUGCCCCCCGCCCUCCUCUCCCACUUCCGAAGGUGCCCCCACGGAGGCCGGCGGGGACGCCGUCCGAGCGGGGAGCACCGCCCCCUCGGCUGCCCAGCAGCAGCUUGAAUGCGGCGACGCGGACUGUCAGGAUCCCCGCGAAAACGCCUGCGACUGUCAUAGGGAGCCGCCCCCCGAAACCCCAGACAUCAACCAGCUGCCGCCUUCCAUCCUGCUCAAGAUAUUUUCCAAUUUAUCCCUGGAUGAGCGUUGCCUAUCUGCAUCAUUGGUUUGCAAGUACUGGCGUGACCUUUGUUUAGAUUUCCAGUUUUGGAAGCAGCUGGAUCUUAGUAGUCGUCAGCAGGUCACUGAUGAAUUAUUGGAAAAAAUUGCAUCAAGAAGUCAAAAUAUAAUUGAAAUCAACAUUUCUGAUUGUCGCAGUAUGUCUGAUACUGGCGUAUGUGUUCUAGCAUUUAAGUGUCCUGGACUUCUUAGGUAUACAGCCUACAGGUGUAAACAGCUUUCUGACACCUCUAUUAUCGCGGUUGCCUCUCACUGUCCUUUACUUCAGAAAGUUCAUGUAGGCAACCAGGACAAACUAACUGAUGAAGGACUCAAACAGCUGGGCUCAAAAUGCAGAGAACUCAAAGAUAUUCAUUUCGGCCAGUGUUACAAGAUCUCAGAUGAAGGCAUGAUCGUCAUAGCUAAGGGCUGUCUGAAAUUACAAAGAAUAUACAUGCAGGAAAACAAAUUAGUGACAGAUCAGUCGGUGAAAGCAUUUGCUGAGCACUGUCCUGAACUUCAGUAUGUCGGCUUCAUGGGCUGUUCGGUGACUUCCAAAGGAGUCAUUCACCUAACCAAGCUAAGAAACCUUUCCAGCUUGGACCUACGUCAUAUCACUGAACUGGAUAAUGAAACCGUGAUGGAAAUUGUCAAGAGGUGUAAAAAUCUUAGCUCUCUCAAUCUCUGUCUGAACUGGAUCAUAAAUGACAGGUGUGUGGAGGUCAUUGCAAAGGAAGGACAAAACCUGAAAGAGCUGUAUUUGGUGUCCUGUAAAAUCACAGAUUAUGCACUGAUAGCCAUCGGGCGAUACAGCAUGACCAUAGAGACUGUGGAUGUCGGAUGGUGUAAAGAAAUUACAGAUCAAGGAGCCACCCUCAUUGCUCAGAGCAGCAAGUCUCUGAGAUAUUUGGGGCUGAUGAGAUGCGAUAAAGUCAAUGAAGUGACGGUGGAACAGCUGGUGCAGCAGUACCCUCACAUCACCUUCAGCACCGUCCUGCAGGACUGCAAGAGGACGUUGGAGAGAGCCUAUCAGAUGGGCUGGACCCCCAAUAUGUCUGCUGCCUCCUCCUAACACUCCAGCCCAAGCUCAGGUCCACUGGGACCAUUCAGCAGGGCAGACAGGAAGUGUCGAUUUGGGGUGGGUGAUCUCUUGGAAAGGUUUUAACUGUCACAUGUCUGUGUGUGUACCCGAAUGUGUAUAUUUGUGUCUCAUUUGCCUGUUGCAUAGCAUAAGCGCAAUUGCUAUUUAUUCCCAGGUGAGCUGUUUUUCUUUCCUUUAAAAUUAAAGAUUUUGAAAGCCACAAAACUUUUAGUUUUUAAAUUCAAAGGCUUAUUUCUCUAAAAAAAAAAAAAAAAAGAAAAAUGUUCCUACGAUGGAAUUGAAAAAAAAAAAAGAAAUCUAUUAUUUUGAGCUUCUAAUUACUGCCACUUGGUGAUGCCCCAAAUUGAAGGCAACAGCCUUCUUUUCUGAUGAGAUAAAAUUGUGUACUUCUACUGAUGACAACCAGAGCAUAAGUGAUGUUACGUUAAUUAGAAGCCUGGAAACCAGUCCUUUUCAAAAUUUCAAGCACAUACGCAUAUAUAGGUUCUCACACUUUCUCAUGUACAUGCACACCAAGGCAGUUUCUCUCUAGAUCAUUUUCUAACUGAGGGGCCUUCCUCCAGGAUGUCACUCACUGUGGCUCUGCCUAACUCAGUGUAUCCACAGGUGGCCAACUUGCUAUCUGGUCGAUAACUUAGGGACUAGAGAGGAUAAAGCCUUUUGUGAAAUUUUUAUAUGGAGACAACAAUCUGAACUCCCCUGGCCAGCUCACGAAAGUUAAGUAUUCAUUAUUCUACAAAUGUGUUGUGUUGAGUACUAAAUAUUGUAAUUGAGUUUACGUUAACAUUAUGUUAGCUUUUAUUUCAUGGAUAGUAACUGGUCCGGAUAUAUUUAAUUGAUAUUUGGAGCUAAUCUUAGCAUUAUCCACAUUAAAGCCACCAAUGUAAUUAAUGGUGUGAGGUUAUUUUUUAAAAAUCUACAGAUCAUUUAAUUAUUUUUGUUAAUUUGGAUAAUUAUGAAACUAUAUUUCAGAGAUUUGGGAGUAGACACAUUAAGAGCAGAUUAAUGAGUGAGAUAUAAGUAGACAAUCUUUUUUUUUUGGUUUUUUUUUUUUUUUUUUUUUUUUUUGCUUUGCUUUGGGCUUUAGAACAGGUUUUUGGAUAUUUGCAUGUUGUUUUUUGAAUAGUUCUUAUGCUACUGCAAAGAUCUAUUGCUGGUUAAUGUAUGAGUUAAGAAGAAAAAUUAUAAAAUCUUUUCAUUAAGAUUCUGUUUACACUUGUCAGAAAUAAGCAUUUCUUUGUGUAAAACUUGACACCUUUUACUUAAGAAAAUACCUAUCAGUAAAUGAAUGUUUUGAUUUCACACAUCUUUACAAUGAAUUCGUAGUAGGGACUCAGGCUCACAUAACCUUUUCUUGUGUCUAGAUUUAUAAUCAAGACAGCAGGGAGCCUUUUUACACUAAAGAGUGAUUACCUUUCCCAGUAGAGCUAGAUACAAAACCCUGACUUGUGAUUUUGCUAUUUAUUCUUCCCCAAUGUGGUCAUAGCUGUUUUUUGGUCUUUAACAGGUAUACUAAGGUUUGAGUUGUUAAACCAUAGUGUUGAAAAGAGACUAGCUGUAAGAAACAAAGAAUAGCUUUACAUUCAAAUGCCAUUCACUUAUUUAUAAUGACUCCAAAAAAUAUAAACAACUGUUUCUUUUGAGUGUGUCAACAUGUUUCUGAUGUGGCAUUUUUUGGCUUUUAAUCCCAGUCAGUUAGGAAAAUCUAGUCAGUGUCCACCAAAGGUAUUUUUUUCCAUCACUAAAUGGGUUACUGAUCUAAUUUGAAGGGAAUAAAAUUUGUAUAAGGAAAAACGCUGUUUACUAUUCAUAAACAGUACUUCUUCUUACACAUCAAACCAUAUCAUUUUCAUAUUCAUUCCCCUCCAUUGAAAAAAAUAUCUUAAAUCAUAAUAUUUUAACUGGUUUUUAAUCCAAAACUAAUUUAUAAGACAGUAUGUAUAGUAAUAGUAGCUUGAGUGAAUAAGCAAAAGUUUAAUUUUUAUAUAUGUCAUACUAUAUUUUAAAUAGUUACAAAAGACAAAGAAGGGAGAGCCAUCGAUGAUAUAGAUGGUGCCAUUUCAGUUCAAAAUUGUAAUAAUCUUUGGAGUGUUACAGUUUGGUUGUCACAUGGUUUCAGAAGUGUAUAAUUGUUUUUUUUUUUAAUGUUGCGGUGUUUGAAUCUAAAGUACAGCACUAUCACAUGCUUUAGCUUGGGGUGGGGGGCGGGGGGGCUUGCACUUAUUCUUUAAGAUGUUGACUAAUCCAGAAAGCCUGAUGCAACAUAACCUGGAAAACUGCUUUGGUAUAUUUGUAGAAAUCUAUAGAAAUAUCAUAUCCAGCCUCAAAAGCAUUAAUCUCAGAAAACAACCAGAAAAAGAGUUAGCUUCAGUGAUCCUGUGAUGGUUGUUCAAUGCGUUCUCAUUAGAUGCUUUGAAAUGAGGCUUAAAAUGAUUUUUCUGGGCAAUAUAGCGUUUCUUUUUUUUUUUUUUUUCCUUUUUCUUUUGCUUAGAAUGUCAUAAACAUAUGUGAACACGUUUAAUGCAGGGCUUCAUCCUCUCCAAAAUAUCAACAGUAUUUUCAGAAUAAAGACUAUGAAAUAUAUUGCUGUAGUAGAAAAUUCUGGUCCUUUGUCUUUAAUGUCUUUUUGAGUGGAUAAAGGAAAUUCACCCAAUUUCUAUAUUUCUGUGACUCUUUUGACCUUGCAAUGAGUUGCAAUAAAAGAGAAACAAAACACUGUGUCUUUUGUUUUAUU